AAACUGAUCCCCUUGAUUGAUGCUUCCAAGUCAGGAAUAAAAAUUAAAAAAAAAAAAAAACAGCCUUCAGUGUCAGGAGAAAGUGUUCAGGGAUGAUGGCUUUCUUUCGUCAAGGUGCACUGCUUCUGAGCCUGGCAGCUGCCGUGUCAGUGUAUGCAGACAUGAAGCUGGACUGCGGGCCUGAUUCCAUGACUCUGGUGUGGACGGAGAGCAGAGCCCAAGCUGACACCUCGCUGUUCCGGCUGGGUAGCUGCUUGCCAACCAGCGUCUCGGCCAGGGAGGCUGUCUUCAGCGUGGACAUCGACGACUGUAACUUCAGUAGGAUGGUUACUGGGAACCAUCUCAUGUACACCAAUGAUCUGACCUACGUUUCCUCUCCUGAUUCUUCCUUCACACUUCCGGUUGUCUGUGCAUAUGAGAGGCCCAAAGACUGGUACCCUCUGAUUUAUGACCCGGUGUUUGACACAUACGGUCAAGGAAGUCUGGUGUUUCAUGUUGGACUCAUGAAUGGUGACUUCUCAGGCCCUGCUGAAUCUACUAGUUUCCCUCUGGGCUCCUUCAUCCCCAUCAUGGCCAGUGUGGCGCAGAAGACCCAUCAGCCCUUGCUGCUCCUUCUUGAGGAGUGUGUAGCGGCUACCACACCAGAGCUGCGGCCUGAGAGCAGUGUUUACCCAAUAAUCACCAAUAAGGGAUGUCUCGUGGACAGCAUGAUAUCGCGUUCAAGAUUUGAACCGAGGCAAAAAUCAUCUGAGAUCCAUCUGUCCCUUCAGGCCUUUAGGUUUGCUCUUGGAGAAGAGGUGUUCAUCCACUGCAAACUGGUAGCUUGGGAUCCCUUUGGUCUUGACAGCACAAAGAAGGCCUGCCACUAUGACACAGAGCAUGGUUGGGAGCUUCUGGACAAUGCUGCAUAUAGCAAUCUUUGCGACUGCUGUGAAUCCACCUGCAAGUCCAGGUGGAUGAGGAGUACAGCGUCAGGGAAGCAUGGAAUAGUACACAAUGCAGUCCUCGGGCCCCUUACCAUCACUGUGACCUGAGAUCCUCCAGGAAUGGGUCCAUCUUACAGACUGAUUCUUCCAUCUGAUUUGGGUUUUUAUUCUUGGUUUUCAAGCUUACUGCCUGUCUCUGCAUUUCAGAUUGUAAUCUGGCCAUUAAAGAUGUAUCCAAGACUUGAA